GUAGUUCUAAGUCUUAGUUUCGCAAAUAAUAUAAAUUGGGAAUCAUUUUUGUUAAGUCAUUCGAAUAUUUUUUGCUUCUGAAAAGCUUCUAAUUUUGAAUAAGUUAUUUAAAUAAAUAUAUUUUAGUUACUUUUUGCAAUAAAACCUGUUAAAUUUGCUUAAUUUGAUAAGACCGACAGGGGGCGCAUCUUCUUUACACGGGACCUUCAAAGGAAGUAGAACAUCCUACCGUCACGCCGGCUAACUGUUCUCACAACAGAAUUUAACGUUUUGUUUUGAUAUUCUAAACUAAACAACCAUGUCAUCUGGUAUCAAAAUCGCCGACGAAGUCAAAGAAACUUAUCAGCAGAUAUCUAUGACAAGUACAAAAUCAACCAAACUGAAAUAUUGUAUAUUAAAAUUCUCAGAUGAUUCUAAACGAAUCAUUGUAGAGAAAAGUGCUUCAGCUGAAGAAGAUUCUGAUUAUGAUACUAUAAUUUCGGGUCUUCCUCCCAAGGAUGUUCGAUACCUUGCCUACGACUUUGAGUUUGUCAAUAAAGAUGGAACAAAGAAGAGUGAAAUGAUACUUGUUUCCUGGUAGGUACCAAUUUUAAAAUGUUAAUUACGCCCGCCCCAGUGGUAUUCCUAACUCCUUAACUGCACUACCACUAAUAUACUACAAAGUGGGAUAUCCGGAAGUGGAACUGAUUUUUCUGGCAAAGCCACAGACGUUAGUCAUAAUUAGAGUAAGUAGUGUGUAAUCUUAUAAUUUAACUAUGGGAAUUUAAUGCAAAUGAAAUGGGUAGGUUAUUGGUUGUUUAUUGACAUUUUCAGCAUACCUAGUUCUCCAGGUCAACUUUCGUCUACAGCCCCUAUUCAAAAGAUUUUGAUAUUUAUGUUUGAGUUUGUUUUCACUUAAUUAAUGCAAGUUUUUGUUUUCUUAUUUUAUUUUUUUGUAAUGAGGGUUCUUCCCUCUCCAGAAGAUCUUGGUAAAUUUUGGGUUAAUGGUAUGGGUUUUGCCAAGAGUUGUCUCACCCUAAACUCCGUGACGUCACUUAAGGGGAAUCCCAACACUGGACUUCCGGUGAAUAGACCAAUAAAUUGUAUGACCUGAACGAUGAAAGAAAAAACACCCCUUUGCUUGAUACCCCAAGACCCAACACCGGUGAAAAAAAGACGCACGAUAAAAAUCGAAGUGCGCUUUUGUUAAAACUUCAGUAACAAAAGGGAGACUACUGCUUAAAUUGCAGGAACCCCCCACCCCCCACUCCACUUUAAAUAACAAAAUUAACAAAGAAAUCCUCUGGGCCUGCCCUCCUCCCACCCCUCCCCCAAUUUCAAAAAAUAUAAAAUAAAACAAAAACUUGCAUUAUGUGAAUACAAACAUCAAAAUCUUUGAGUACAGCGCUGUAGACGGAAGUUGACUUGGGGUGGAACCUCCGUGACCUAUAUAUAUGCUUGGAACACAUUGCCAGCCUUACAGCUAUCCAAAAAUCAACCAAGAUCUUUUUGCAAAGCUAUUUAAUCAGUAGUCUCACUUAUGUUACUGAAGUUUUAACAUACCGGUGCCGGGUGCCUUGUUUUUCAACUAAUCAAAAGAAAGCACCUUUAGCGCGCAUCUUUUUCUUUCCUCCUGUGUUGGGUCUCAGGGGGUAUCUGCGAGGAUGUGUUUCUUUUUCCAUUUCUUUUGAAACAUCUAAAUUUAAUUUUAAUACAAAUUAAUGUAAAAUUUCGUUUUAACCCUUUACAUUGCAGAGCGUCCAAAAACGUCUUUACUACUUAAAGGGCAAAACGUCCAAAAGCUUUUGUGACAACUAAGAGUUGUAAACACGCAAUCGCAGAGUCUUUGCUUGACUUCCGAUUGUUUACAUCCGGUUUUGCCAAUAGCUUGAUAGAGUGGCAAAUUUUGUUGUAGUUUUCGGGGUUUUAAUGCUUUGUUUUUCAAAAUGUAUUUUGACGAUUCUUCAAGGGAUAGCGGAGAUUUCACUGGAUUCAAUUUAAGUGACAUUGAAGUGCAUGAAUUGACUAUAAAUCGGAACUAGAUAUUAAUAUUAGUAGUAAUAUUUGUGAAAUCAGCGUCUUAAGCAGUGUUGAAUUGUACACCCUUCGAUUUCAAGCAGGGAGAGACAACUCUUGUCAAAACCCAAACCGUUUAUCCAAAAUUUACCAACUUAAUCUAAAUGAACAGAACAUCUAUUUCGUAUUUGAUAAAUUUACAUAAUAAAUAUAUUAAAAUGUAUUUAUAAGUGCAUGAUAAUUAAAUUUUAAUAAUUAAAGUUAAUAUUAAAACUUUUAAUACCUAGCGUUAAUCCUGAAAAUAAAUUUUGUCUAAAAUUAUCAAUUUCUUAAAACUUUUUUUUUACACAUGUCCCACCUAUUGCCAUAAAUGAUGCAUUAUUUUUAAUGGCUUGUUUUAAGCUUUGUAAAAACACCAAGUUUAUCUUUCUAUCUUUUAUAGGAAUGGAGUUAUGUUUUUGUUUUGUUGUUCAAUUUUCAUAAAGCCCCAUAUUUAUGUUUUCUUUUCAAUGAAGAAAAUUUGUAACCACCUUUCCAUUUUUGUGCCUUAUUCUGCCCACAACUUAUUAUUUUACAAGAUAAUUAUACUAAAUUUUUAUGAGAUAUUCUUAAUGCCAAAUACAACACAAUGAACAACAAAACUUUAACGUAACAUCAAAACUUGGUAUAUUGUAUAACUUUGAGAGGUCUUUACUGAAUAAUAAUUUAAUCCAAGAAAUUAUAAAUAGAAAAUUAAAAUAUUUUCUCUUGAACCUAAAACUGAAAGAAGCCUAGAAAUAACAUCUAAUCAUAACCCUGAACCCACACAAUUUCUAUUUUCUUUCGAAUAUUCUUGUGUUUAUUAAAAUUUAGUUCUUUUUAUUUUAAAAAAAAUUAGUUAGAAAUAUUAAGUAUUUGACUUUUACAAAUCGUCAUAGUUAUUAUGUAUUUAUUAAAUAGAUGGUGAUGAGUUAAGUCUUAUUUAUUUAUUUGAUGUACGAUGUACUUUUAAAUAGAUUUUCUAGUCUAUUUUAUAUAUAUUACCAGACCUGCCAACCCUUCCGAUUUUGUCAGAAAUAUUAUACAGAUUUUUUACCCCUCAUUCCGACAAACCCCUUAAAAUUCAGAUUUUUCUAACUUAAUAAUUUUUCACCUGUUAUAAAAAUCCGAAAGUGACCACCCCAAAAAAAAAAAAAUCAGUUGCGACAGGAAGUGUUGUAUUUGUUUUACAAAAUUGCGUGAAGUAUUUGACAGUCAUCCUAGUCAUGUGACCGCUUAUUGUCAAUCAGAGUUUACGGUACUUUAUUUCAACAAAUUAAAAAUAGUCUGGAUAUUUACAUGAAAAAAAAUAUGUUCAAUUAUACAAAAAAAAAUACUAGAACCAUUGCUGGUAUAUAUAAUGAACUGUUGGUUAAAAAGUUGCAAUGUUUUUAUAAAGCCUGACAUGCUUGCCGGAUGAAUAUCUCCCGCACUAUUUGUCCGGUCGCCUGACAUGAAGACACUGUCUUCAAAUCAUUUUUCAAACAUUUGAUCCGAUCGUGAUUCAUCUUUUUUACAAUGCUAAAAAAUAAUUCAGACUUUUUUUUUGUUGGUUUACCCUUUUCUUUAUUAAAUAGUUAAAUCUAUUGAAAGUGAUGGGUACAAUGAUAUUAAUUAAGGACACCAAUACAUUUUACUGGUUAAAAUUUGUAUAAACCCAAAUGACUUAAAAUAUUUUCUAACCUAAAAGAAUGUUUUAUGUGUCUGAAAAACCUAUUUUAGUUGAUUAAAAAGGAUCCUAAAGUAAGAGUGGUUUUGAGUUGAGAAAAGAUGAAGCAGUAACACACUCGUGCUUGCUGUUAAAAGGUCAAGAUCAUAUUCAUUACACAUAGUGAACAGAAUCACAACAUUCAUACCAUAUGCUUCUUCGUUCCAUUUACUCUCAUAUUAUCUAUACUUAAAUGGGUCUUUGGAUUCAUUUUCCAUUAGUUUUCUAUUAUUUUAAUGAUACAUAUCAAAUUUACUGUAAAAAAAAGUGUAGACAUCACAGCACAUUUGGAUUGGACUGUUAAAAAUUUUAAUAUUAUUUUAUUAAUAGAAUAGGCCUAAUAAAUAUAAAUGUUUCCAAAAAUGUAUAAGUAUUUAUAAAAGCCUAUACAAUUUACUAAAAGUAUUAGAAUAUUACAUUGAAAUUAAUUUUUUUUUUAAUGCAAAAUUAAGUUACCUAAUAAUACUACUAAUUAAUCAUUCUAUUAUUAAUAGAAUGGUAUUAAGCCUUUGACAGUGGUAUAGAUUAAGCUAUUUUUUAAAUUAUAAACAUAGUGAUAGCUUAAAUUAAUUUUUUUUAAAUCAUAUUGGUUUCUGUUAUUUUUUUACUUUAAAAAAAUAAAGAUUGUACAAAUAGUAGUUGCAUUUUAUCCAUAGUUUUGAUUAUGCAAUGUACAUAGACUUUGAUUUAAACAAGCCCCUUAUAUCCAUGUCUCUUUACCCUAAUACAGUGAAACAUAAGGUUGUAAGACAUUAAAUUCGAUAACUUUGUCAAAACAGACAAUAUUUAGUUAAUUAUAAUCUUUGUCAUGUUGAGUUAUUUUAUAGGAAUUUUAUAUUUAAAUAGGCAUCCAGAGACUUCUCCUAUCAAGCAAAAGAUGCUCUGUGCCUCUUCCUUCAAUGCCCUCAAGUCCUGUCUGUCUGUCAGCAAGAAUGUCAUAGAGGGAAGUUGCUUUGAAGAAGUUUCCAGUGCCGCUGUUUUGGAAAAGCUGAGGCGUAACUGAAUAAGUCUUAUUAUAGGUACGUUUUUUUAUUCUUGAAGGUUUGCAUUCCCUGUGAGAAUUUGUGAGAUGCUUCAAUACAUUUGUAUCUUGCUUAGUCAAUCUUAUCCUCGCCCCAUCUCUUUUUACCUGGAAUUUCAUUGUACAUCUGCCAUUUCUACUUUAGUUGGGGGGAAAGCUAUUUCUUCACUUUGUAAUGGUAAACUGGAAAUUUAAUAUUUUGAUGGUGCUGUGGCUGUUAGUCAAGGCAAAUAUAUAGCUUGUUUAUACAUGACAAAGCUGUGACCAUUAAGGCUUUAAUUUAAUUUGUGUCAUUUUCACCAGUGUCUGCUACUGUUUUUUUUUCUUUUUAUGCGUGAGUCUAAUGCAUCUAACUUGUCUCCCUACAUCAAUGUCAGAGGGGCAUUUUUUUUUUUUUAAAUUGCGUUGAAAUUUAAAACUUCUUAUAUUUAUCUAAAUACAUAAUUUCCUUUAUUUCAGGUGUGCUGAAAAAGCUUUUGGAAGAUGUCAGUCCGUAGGGAAAUAUUUUUUGGAGGGGCAUGCUUGUCAGUAAUUACCCAUGUUUACAAUGUACAUUGACUUUUUCUCCCCCCUUGUUUUACUUGUUUUGGGGAGAUAAAAAAUGUAACUUUUAUUAUUUUUCACUCACAAUACUUUUCGAAAUAUAGGGAAACAAAAAUUGCUGCAAAUUUCCAGACUGAGGGUUUCAAGGUUCAAGUAAAAAUAUUUAUAUAUUUUUACCUUCACAAAUCAAAAUACUUAUUGAAGUGUGUUCAUUUAAUAUUUUAAUUAAUUUUUUUCUUCUUCUCUAUGCAGUCUUAUCUUAUGUAAUUAUUAAACUUUUAUCAAAAAUAUGUGCAGUUCUAAAUUGGUGAUUUUAAAUUGACCUUUUGACUUAUUCAGCAUUGUUACGUUAAUUUAAAACAUUGAACAGCGUCCCUCCAUUUUUUUUUUAAAUAUGAAUUUCCUUAAUUAAAGUAAUUUAAUGCAUUUUUUAUUUUGAACAUGGCAUCUUUUUCUUUUGUUGCAACUUUAGAAAUUUUCUUUGAUCCAUUAAUUUCAUCAUAGGGUCUUUUAAGAAAAAUUUAUUGAUGAUUGUUUUGAAUAAUUUGAAUUAAUUCCUAGUAUCAUAUUAAGUCAGUUAUCAAUAAAUAGUGUGUGCUCUUAAAACUUUUUUUUAAAAAAGAAAUGUACCUAAUUUCGAAAUGUACCCAAUUUCUUUUGUUCUUUACUUUAAAAAAAUAAUAUUUUUAAAAAAUAUUAAUUAAAUUAUUUGUCAUUGGGUAAAAAAUGUCAUUUGCUAUUUCAUUAGGUAUUUAUAAAAUUAAUGCUCAAUACAGUAUCUUAUUUAUAAUACCAUGCUAAAUAGUUGUAUUUUUAUUUUUGGAAAGGUAAUUGAACAAAUUAAGGGGGGGAACUUGUUUUACACUGGUAUUAAUGCUAUAAUUUAAGUAAAGUAUUUCAAAUGCCUAUGAUCUCUUUGUAAACAUAAUACCAGGGAAGAACUCUGCUUAGCUGGUAUUGGAUUUCUAUCUUUACGACUAUUAUUAGUCUUAAAUUCAGCCGUUUUCGCUUGGGGUGAAAUUUACUGUAUUCACACUUAACAAAAUUAUAACUUUUAAGAUGACACUUGCAACUAGUACAACCAAAACCCCCCCCCCCGGUGAUUUGGGGGCUGAAGCCACAACACUGAAUGUAAGUGGGUGUGUUUGCAAGCAGAGAUUAAAAUAUAUGAUCAUAUUAAACAAAAUUAUAACUUUUAAGAUGACACUUGCAACUAGUACAACCAAAACCCCCCCCCCCGGUGAUUUGGGGGCUGAAGCCACAACACUGAAUGUAAGGGGGUGUGUUUGCAAGCAGAGAUUAAAAUAUAUGAUCAUAUUGUCGCUUAAAUUUUCAAUGAAAUGCCCCCAAACCCUGCUGGAUAUUUUAUGCAUACCUUGGGCAUCAUUGAUAUAAAAAUCACCAAUUAAAAUCAAUUAUUUUCCCUUGCGGGUUAUAUAGCUACAAGCUUUUGAAGUAAAUCAUUUGGUCAAACUCAUUAUUUCUUUAGGAGCUUUUUAAAGAAGUUUUUCAGAUAAUUAUAACUGUUGACUGGCGAGUAAUUUCCUAGUCUUACUUAUUAUUCAUACACAUUAUGCGCUGUGUACCACUUUUAUAUACAUGCAAAUAAUAAACUGUUACUUCUUAAAUAGAAAAGGUUUUAUUGUUUCCCCCCAUUAAGUUAUAUAUGUGAAAAAGGUAAUUUCUUAUGCUAAAUUAUUGUCUGUGCAUGUCUGAUGGGUAAAAUAAUUUUUUUUUUUUUUUUUAUAUAUAUAUUUACCACCUUAGACUAAAGAACAGAAUAACUAUAACUAAAUCUUAUAAUUUGGCUCAAGAAUUCUUGUCAAAAAAAUAUAUAUUUUUUAGCAGUAGUAGUAGUGGACAUGAUUUUGAGAGUAAUGAAAUUGUCAUUAAAAUUACAUGACUACAAAUGUAGGUUCCAUUAAUAAUAUGAAUGAACUUUUAAUUGUAAAACUUCAGGAGAAAACUAGUUUAAAGAGCAAGUACAUUUGUUUUAGGUGUAAGUCUGAGGACUGUUACUAACGUAUCAUUGGAGAAAAUAUUCUGUAUUUAAAAACCAAAAUAAAACAAAUGACAAGCAGUUAGUUUAUUGGGAAACAAAAGAACAAGGCUUAAAAUUAUAUUCCUUAUUAAACUGAAUAAGCACAAAAAUAGUGCUCAAAGUUGCUUAUCAUGUCCACUAAUUUAUUGAUCCAUUAUGUUAUGUAAAUUUGUAAGCUUCAAGGCCUGAGAUAUUUUACAGUGGAGUAUUAAACAGGCCCAAAAGUUACCUCUUUCAACAGUAACAUCACAUUGAUUUGUAGAGAAUGAGCAAGAUCUCAACAUGAGUUUUUUUUUAAAAUAAUAAUAAAAAGAAUAUAACUGAUGUGUUGAAUGCAUGCAUUGACGCUGCCUUAUACAUAUAAAUGUAUACCUGGUAUUUAAAAAUUGUUUUCUGUCGAAU